GGAGGCACACGGACAUCGCCACACGCGCGUGUCGCCACCAUUAGCGAGCAACUCCGGCAAACGCGCUCCGUGGGUAACGCGCUCGCCUUCAUCGCUGUCGCUGCGCCGCAGCUGUGGUUAUUGUGAGGGUCGUGAAGACCUCGAAGGGCUGAGAGAGAACGAGAGCUUUUCCAUCGCAUCUCGCUGAGCAAUUAGCGUGUCGUCUCUUCUGUCGUCUCGCCGUAAUUAUUUAUUCAUUUCGGGACGCGGCCGCUCUUAAAGGGCCGGUCACGGGCACGCAUGCGUUUAAAAAGUGAGCGAUAAUCGCAGCGACGUAAAUCGACCAUCUCCCCGGUCCCAUCGCCGGGCGCGAGGGGAGAGGCGGCGGAGAGGGGCCGCCACCCGCCACCCCUUGGGCCGCUGCGCUCGGAGGAGCUUCGGGCGAGCCGGGGUCUCCCGCUGUCCAAGGCGUGCGAGGCGGCGCCACGCUCGGCAUGGAGAGAAUGAAGGAGGGGACCCCACAGCAGCAGCAGCAGGGGACGGUGGCGCCGCGUUUGGCCUUCAGCGUGGACGCGUUAAUGUCGGACCUUCGAGAGCGUGAGAGGGAGCGUGGGACGGAGCGUGAGACGGAGCAAGACAUCUCCACCAUCAAAGGCGGUGGCGCUGACGCUGGAGACACCGAGAGUCCGACAGCCGCAGAGACUCCGAGAGACAACGGCCCCUGGGGCCCGCCAUCGAAGUUCUCGUCUCCACCAAGACAGGGGCCGAGCCCCCCGGCGUGCCCCCUGCGCAAGCACAAGGCGACACGAAAACCGCGGACACCGUUCACCACCUCCCAGCUGCUCGCCCUGGAACACAAGUUCAGGCAGAAGCAGUACCUGUCCAUCGCGGAGCGUGCAGAGUUCUCGACCUCGCUCAGCCUCACGGAGACACAGGUCAAGAUCUGGUUCCAGAAUCGCCGAGCCAAGGCCAAGCGACUCCAGGAGGCAGAGCUCGAGAGACUCAAAAUGGCCGCCAAGCCACCCGCGUUGUCGUCGCACUUUGGCCUCCCCGCGGCCUUCGGGCCCCUCGGGGCGCCCCUGCCUGCUCACGGCCUCUACCUCACGGCGUCCGGGCUGUUCGCGCGACCCGCGGGCCUCCCCAUGGGCCCUAUGGGGCUGUACCCGACACCGGUGGCGUACAGCCUCUACCACCACUCGUAGUGCGAAUUGUGCAGAGGACGGUGUCGUGGUAGCGCCGCUCCGUCGGGAGCGUGGAGUUAACUCGGCGCCUGGGUGGAGGGUGCCGAUACAUUCUGAGCAUUGGUUAUGAGCAAUGCUUAUGCAAGUCGAUCGGUUAAUUAUGAACGUCGACGUGUGACGAACAUUAUGGACGUCGAUACAAUAAGAAUAUCGAUGCAUUGUGAGCGUAGAAGGUAGCGGGAUAAUAACGUUAAUCGACAAAAGGUGGAACCUUGAAUCAUGCUGUCAGAUGAAUUGCAAUCGUCACUGAAGUACUGUACUAACGCCGAUUAAUGACAAGGUCGAUUAAUUGCGUACCUCAAAUCACGACAGUAAUUAGUUACGGUUUUUUUCAAAAUAAACUAUGCCUGCACCGACGACACCCGUUAGGCCCGCCCUGACCUUGACCUCUCAGCGACCCCAGAGACGCCUCAGGGCUGAGCAGCAGGGCCGGGCGCAUGCGGCCAUCGGGAGACGAGAACCCAAACCGCGGAAGUCUAAAUGACAGACAAUUCCGUCUCCAAUAUCUCUAUCCCUUCACAUGAACUAGAAACGUAUUUUUUCAAACACACCUCAUCAGCCACACGGUUAUAGUUCUGGGAGCGAUUGGAGCGCAGAGACUGAUGAAGAUGCUGAUGAGCACGGGGUCGUCCGGUCAGAUCGCGACCCCGAGUCGAGAAGAGUCCAAUCGUGGGAAGUCGGAUCGUUACCUGCCUAUCCUUUACCGAUGUGCGUGUGCAUCGACCUGGGAAGGUGAAAGACACUCAAAGCAGCACCUGCACUUGCAUGGGACACUCCGCCUGUACGCAGCAUCAUUCCUCUCCCGUCGAUGAGUCUACUGGAGUCAAUGUCAGCUCAGCUCACGCAGCGUGGAGCAGAGGCCGGCAUCGCAGUACACGUGUAACGUUGGCUCAACGUUCGGCUUUCAAUGCGAUCUCCAUGUGUGUGACUUGAACGAUAUUGUGAGGGGACAUGUCAAGAGUUUUGGUGACGUCACUGAAGGUCCCACUGAUGUGGGCGAGUGCCGCCGAAUGACGCUACUUGGCCAAACAAGUUAAUAAAUACAAAAGUACAUUCUUGUAUAAAUUGUACACAAAUAGCUAUUGUAUUGUUAAUAUGACGUUGUACAUAUAUUGUACCUAUGGAAUGUGUCGGAUGUAAUGACGUGCGUGCAUUGUACGUCGCCUGCACGUCGCGCUGCCCCUGCAGUCACCAGGAGCGUCUGUUCAGCACGUGGCCCGAGGGUUCAUUGUUGCGUUGCGCUACCAGCCUCCCCGGGACUUUGUGAAGCAUCACGACUGCCAACGGAACAUUUACAGAGAGCACUGAUAAUGGGUAACACGUUACAUGUGGCAGGUUUAUUCCAAACAGUGAUUCGAUCAGUAGGUCGCGUAUGGUGUGGUAAUGUGUGGCUACACCGAGCUCUUCCAGCAUGUCUGGUCAAUGUCAAAGAGUGGACCAGACGUCUCUCUCGCUCGCUCGAGUGGAGGUCUCUUGGUUCGGCAGUGGUAUGAGCAGCAGCUGCUGCUGCUGCUGUCUCCCCAAGACUCGAAGGGACACAACUCCCCUGUGCACGCCACGUGGGCCCACUUUCUGAACAAAUGAGCGCAGCUCGUCACGAGGCACGAAGUCGCCUCUCGCGUGCGGACGACUCGGGAAGAGAUUCCAGUCAGUGAAACCUCCUCCUGGGGCGAAUGCAUCUGCCGCUACUGGGUACACGAUUUCAACUUCAAGUUACGACGCCACGUUACAACCAGCGGCACGAUAUUAUUCGUAAAAUAAGACCGAGGUUCUUAAUUAAUUAAAGAAUCAGCAGGAAUGUUAAGCCGAAAUUCAGCGACAGAAAACUGGAGUUUGGCGUCGUAACUCAAGCGCAGCGCAUUUUUCUACUACCAGGUCGGCUACUUAACCUUACUUCCGCGCAUAUAUAAAUAUAUACACUCACGUGUUUUGAAUGCGGAGAAGCAUUUACAGAAUAAAAG